UUCCCUGGCAAAGGCGUUAAGGAAGAGGUGUCGGGGUCCAGUGAGAGAGACAGAGAAAGCGAUCUAGGGUAAAACAAUGGUGGUUACACGUUCAAAUUCGAAGGGAUUGGCUGCUAGUUCUUCAUCUACCUCCGGAAAUUCUCGUUCGAUGACUGAACAUUCGCGUUCAAGGCCUAAAGAUAAAGCCAGAAAGGAAUGCAAGUCCACAUCUAAAGACCGUCAAGAUAACGUAAGGCUGUAUGCAAUUUAUGCCAUUAAUGACUAUAACAAAAACACUGGUUCCACAUAUAAGCUGGUGAAGCCUGGCUGCAUUUCGGAUGUGGAUCUUCCGACAUGCCGUCUUCACCAUAUUGACUUCACGGCUAAGAACAUUUCUGCUGAUGAUGCUCCAGUGGAGAUGUUUUUUGCUGAACUGACACUUACCAACAAUGUUCUUUGUGUCACGUGUUGCAAAUGUAUGGGGCCAAAAAACUCAAUUUCAGGAGAUAAAAACAAUGGCUGCUGUUAUUGCAAGUUUUACAAUGUUCAGCAUCCUAGGCGUGGAGGAUUCAUGGCUGGCGGUGCUGGAUUAUUCACGGAUGAGAAUGACUAGUAUCUGUUGACAGUGAACUUUUUAUAUACAUAAAAUGUCAGUUGUGUGGAUUCGAACUUAAUAUACAGUAGGACUAUGUUUGACGCAUUCAUAGUUGCCUUUUGAUACUUGUUCCUCUGAAUGAAAAUCUGGCCUCUGUGUUAACGACGUUGUACUAGUUGUAUUGGACAUAUUUAGAAGUUUAUGAGCAACUUAAGGAUGACAGAAUAUUAUGGUUUGAUUAUUAUUACACCCCUAUGUCGUUCUUA